AUGGCUGGUUGCUAUGCUCCCAUUCCGAGUCAAGUUUUUGAUACGAAACGAUUUCCCAAGGAUUUAACUUCACAUUUAACAUGUAAAAGUUGGAUGUGUAGAAAGUGGAUGUAUUUGUUUAGAUAAACAAACUACUGGAAGCAGUUAUUAAGCUACCAUUUAAGCAAAUUACGGGAUUUUUAUUUCUCAAAUCGCCCUCCAGAGAGAGUCCCGACCCAGAAUGCAUUUUGACAAGGUCUUUGAAAAAGCGGCGCGGCUAAUUCAAGAUGGCGGAGAUGGACCAGCUGUUAGACGAGAGUUCCUCAGCAGAGGCACUCGUCAGUCUUAAAGAGGGCAGUUUGUCCAACACUCUGAAUGAGAAAAACAGCUUCCCUCGAGCUCACAACACCAGGGGACGGCAUUCCUCUGUCACAAUGGACACGCCUACACGGAGCUCGAAGCGGAGCCGUUUGUUUCGAGAUGAAGAUGAGCCACCGCAGCAGCGUCUUCCGUCCAGAUCUCCACGGAGGAGCCAGAGAGUCACCACCACACCACAGAAAUUUUCUAACAUCGUGACACCAGAUAAGAAGGCUUCCCAGAAAAUAGGGCUGAGAUUAAGAAACCUGCUGAAACUGCCCAAAGCUCACAAAUGGUGCAUCUAUGAAUGGUUUUAUUCCAAUAUUGACAGGCCUCUUUUCGAGGGUGACAAUGAGUUCUGCCUGUGUCUUAAGGAGACUUUCCCCAACCUGAAAACAAGAAAGCUAACCAGAGUUGAGUGGGGUACAAUAAGGAGGUUGAUGGGGAAACCUCGACGGUGUUCAUCUGCAUUCUUUGCUGAAGAGCGAACAGCAUUGAGGCAGAAACGGCAGAAAAUGCGGCUGCUGCAGCAAAGAAAACUAACUGACGUGUCAAACUGCAAAGAUCUUCCUGAUGAAAUCCCUCUGCCUCUCAUCAUAGGAACCAAAGUCACCGCUCGUCUCCGAGGACUCCAUGAUGGGCUGUUCACAGGGCAGAUUGAUGCAGUAGACACCAGUGCCGCCACCUAUCGUGUCACCUUUGACCGCACUGGCCUGGGAACUCACACUGUGCCUGAUUAUGAAGUCCUGAGCAAUGAACCUAAUGAGACCAUGCCCAUUUCAGCCUUUGCCCAGAAGCAUCGGUCGGCACGCUAUAUGCAAAGCCUCAUGACUCCGCCUAGAGGGCCCUAUCCCUCUGCUACCACUCCUGUCCAUAUGGACAAUGACCCUCUUAUCACCCAGUCACCAUGGAGGAACAAACUGCCCGGUGCUGAAGGAGAUACACUGGGAGGAUUUCCUGUCAAUUUCCUGGUCCAAGUGACAAGACUGUCCAAAAUCCUCAUGAUCAAGAAAGAGCACAUCAAGCUCUUGAAAGAAAUGAAUACAGAAGCUGAGAAGCUGAAGUCAUACUCGAUGCCUAUUGAUCUGGACUUCCAGAAGCGAUAUGCUACCACCGUGCUUGAGCUGGAGCAGCUAAAUAAAGAUCUGAACAAGGUUCUUCAUGAAGUUCAGCAGUACUGCUGUGAACUCGCUCCUGAUCAGGGCAUGGUUCCAGCAGACCAUCCCACAGAGCUGCGGAGGCGUAGUGAAGAAGAGGCCCAGCAGAUGGUGCAAAUGCGCAUCAACGCCAUGAAGGAUGGGCAGCAGAGUGUGGCAAAUCCCAGCCUCACACACCUCAUCUCCCGUCUCACUGCUCUGCUCCUACAGAUCAAGUGUUUGGCAGAUGGUGGGGAUCUGAAUUCAUUUGAGUUUAAAUCUCUAACAGACUCUCUCAAUGACAUCAAAGCAUCGAUUGAUCCCUCCAACCUCAGUUGCUUCCAGAAUAACGUUGAGAUCCAUGUGGCACACAUCCAGAGUGGCCUUAGUCAGCUGGGCAAUUUGCAUGCAUUCGCUGCCAACAACACCAAUGCAGUCUGAGUACCUGCAUCGUCCCGCCCACGCACAGAUGCAUGUACACACACGGAAGUGCGGUAUAUCCAUGUUUGUCUUGUGAAAUGGUGCUUUUACCUGGACUGUUAAAAGACUACAAAGAAGGCUCAUGUCGAUGCUGUGGAUCUUCAAUUUGAGUUCUUCCCAGAUUUCCUCAAGUUUUGAUCAGAAUGGAGAGAAGAAUGCUGAAUAUUUUACCCACAAGCUUUUGUUGUAUCAAAAUGUUUGUGCACCCAACUGAAUGAACACAAACCCGAAAGAGUCUUAAAGCUUUUUGCCACGCUCCACAUUUCCAAAAUAUUAAAACUGUUAUUUAUUUGGUUUCACGUGCCAAACAUAA